AUGGAGAAUUGGGACGAAGACAUUGAGACCACCACCAACAAUGAAAGUCCCUCCGAUCCACAACUAGUGAAUCGCGAGGGAUCAAAGAAGAAGAAGGAAGAAGAAGAAGAUGAGCUCACUGUGGAACAAAUCUUUCAGCACAAGAAGGUGCCUUCAUGGCGACAGCAACUAACUGUGAGAGCCUUUGUGGUGGCAUUAGUUCUUUCAAUCCUUUUUAGCUUCAUUGUCAUGAAGCUCAACCUCACCACAGGUGUCAUACCUUCCCUCAAUGUCUCUGCUGGGCUUUUAGGGUUCUUCUUUGUGAAGACAUGGACAAAGUUACUAGAGAAGGCUGUUUGGCUCCGACAACCAUUCACUAGGCAAGAGAACACCGUCAUUCAAACCUGCGUCGUUGCAAGUGCCGGGAUAUCUUUCAGUGGAGGUUUUGGAAAUUAUAUCUACGCAAUGAGUGAAGUUGUGGCAAAGCAAUUAUCAAAUUUUAAUGCUCCUCAAGAUAUUAUGAACCCACAAAUUGGAUGGAUGAUGGGGUUUCUCUUUGUCGUUAGUUUCAUUGGCCUCUUCUCAGUUGUGCCUCUUCGAAAGCUAGCAUUUUGUAAUGCAUAUGGGUGUGGUCUCACUGAUUGGUCCAUAGGUCCUACAUAUGGGACUAUUGCCAUCUUUGUAAUUGGUGCAUGGGCUGGGGCAUCACAAGGAGGGAUUAUAGCAGGUCUUGCAGCUUGUGGUGUCUUGAUGAACAUUGUCUCCACUGCAUCUGAUCUCACUCAGGACUUCAAGACUGGGUACUUGACCUUGGCUUCACCAAGGUCAAUGUUUGUAAGCCAAGUGAUUGGGACUGCAAUGGGUUGUGUUAUCUCUCCAUGUGUCUUCUCAAUCUUCUAUAAGGCUUUUCCUGAUAUGGGUCUACCUGGGACACGGUACCCUGCCCCUUAUGCAACUGUAUUUCGUAGCAUGGCUAUGCUAGGCGUUGAGGGGUUCUCAUCUCUUCCAACCAAUUGUCUCCAACUUUGUUAUGGGUUCUUUUUUAUAUCAAUUUUCAUAAAUGGAAUCAGAGACAGUGUAGGAAAGAGGUGGGCCAAGUAUAUACCUUCCCCAAUGGCCAUGGCUAUACCAUUCUACAUUGGAGCUUACUUCACUAUUGACAUGUGUAUUGGAAGCUUAAUAUUAUUUGUGUGGCAGAAGGUAAAUAGGGCCAAAGCAGAUUCAUUUGGGCCUGCAGUUGCUUCUGGCUUGAUCUGUGGUGAUGGGAUAUGGACUUUGCCUAGUUCAAUACUUGCUUUGGCUGGGGUGAGUCCACCAAUCUGCAUGAAGUUUCUGCCACAGGCAACAAAUACCAGAGUUGAUGCUUUCUUGUCAGGGUCUUAA